AUGGACAGCACUCUUCGGCAGCCAAAGAAACGCUUUGUUGGCCGGCGCACUGCAGAUGCUCAGGCGCAAGCCAACCCCGCCAACGGCGAUGUCGAAUCUACAGCCGUCCAAAAGGCUACUCCUCGACGCACGCCACGAACACUGCAUCAAGUCCCUCCCGAAAUUUUGAAUGAUCCCGAGAUCCAAGCAGCCAUCGAGUUGCUCCCCAAGAAUUACUCUUUCGAAAUACCCAAGACAAUCCACAGAGUUCGCUCAUCGGGAGCUAAGCGUGUUGCCCUUCAGUUCCCCGAAGGUCUCUUGAUCUUUGCCACGACCAUCUCCGAUAUCCUUACGCAAUUUUGUCCUGGAAUCGAGACUUUGAUCAUGGGCGAUGUCACAUACGGCGCCUGCUGCAUCGACGAUUACACAGCUCGUGCUCUCGGCUGCGACUUGCUGGUUCAUUACGCACACAGCUGCCUGAUUCCGGUGGAUGUAACAAAAAUCAAGACCCUGUAUAUCUUUGUUGAUAUUAGUAUCGACACCGGCCAUCUUAUCGCCACCCUGGAGCGCAACUUCAAGCCCGGACAAACUAUCGCGACUGUCGGGACCAUUCAAUUUAACGCCACACUACACGGACUGAAGCCGGUGCUAGAGAAAGCAGGCUUCAAGGUUCUGAUCCCACAGAUCAUGCCCCUUUCUAAGGGAGAAAUCCUGGGAUGUACAUCUCCGCAGCUUUCCGAUGAAGAGGUCGAUGUCAUCCUUUAUCUUGGAGACGGCCGUUUUCAUCUUGAGUCUGCUAUGAUCCACAACCCUUCUAUCCCCGCAUAUCGGUACGACCCCUACUCGAGGACCCUCACCCGGGAGUCGUACGAUCAUGACGAAAUGCACACCAUCCGUCGAGAUGCCAUCUCCACAGCAAAGUCGGCGCGAAAGUGGGGCAUCAUACUGGGGUCAUUAGGACGACAAGGAAACCCAAACACUAUGGCUAUGAUCGAGCGUCAUCUAGCGGAGAAAGGCAUUCCUGUGGUCAACUUAUUGCUUAGCGAGAUUUUCCCUGGGAAACUGGCGUCCAUGUCGGACGUUGAGUGCUGGGUUCAGAUUGCCUGCCCGCGAUUGAGCAUCGACUGGGGAUAUGCAUUCACACGCCCGUUAUUAACUCCGUACGAGGCGCUCAUAGCACUUGGCGUUCGAGAUAAUUGGGACACGUCUAACAAAGGUGUCUACCCUAUGGAUUUCUAUGCCAAGGAAGGGUUGGGCCGAACCAAGCCUGAGCAGGCUAUUGCAGCAUGA